AUGAAAGGACCUCUUAAAGUUACCGUUGUUGAAGCCAAAAACUUGAAAGAUGAGGACGUUUUAGGAAAAAGUGAUCCCUAUGUUGAGCUCUGGCUCGACAAAAAUUAUAAACAAAAGACUACAACCAAAACCAACACAUUAAACCCACAAUAUAAUGAAACUUUCACCUUUCAUUGCGACGGGCACAGACACCUUCACCUCAGAGUAGUGGACAAAGACAUGAUGUCAGAUGAUGAGAUUGGCACGGGUCAAGUCAAUCUUAGCGAUAUCAAAAAUGGUUUUGCGGAAGUAUGGGUCAAGCUACCUAAAAUGCUUGGUUUGAUGAGCAACGGGGAAGUUUUUUUGAGAUUGGAAACCGCUGCAUAA